CACGAAGUGGCAUCAGUUUAUACAAGAUGGACUAAAUUGUGUAUAUUUGUUUAUCAUUUGAAAGAUGAAGGCUUUAUUCUUUGUUCUCUGUAUAUUCGUAAAUUGUUUUUCUGCACAAAGCCGCUAUUGCACAGUUUACGAAUCAAAGCAAAAAUGUACAAGUUCUUUUAUGGUUUUUAGAAAAUGCACAUACAGAAAAGUUUCAACACAAAUCUGCUGUUCUGGAUACUACGGAAAUAACUGUGACAUACCUAUAUGCGGCGGUAAAGAAGUUUCCUUCUUUUGGCAUGGCACAAGAAGCAACACUUGCAAUGUAAGAAAUGAAGGAAGGGUGAUCUACAGGGAUGGAACGACUGUUACCAAUAGCGGGGGAACAUGCGUCGCACCAAAUAAAUGCGAAAACUGUAAUGAGGGCUUCUAUCCGAACUCUUUUCUCGGCCAAUGCAAGGUAUGUCCAUCUAUACACCUCUGUAAUGUUCAUAAGUGUUCAAAUAUACACGAUGUCACGUGUCAGUUCUGUCUAAAUGAGUUCAACAGGGACAAAUUAGGAUGGAACGAAUACACAGGAGCUAAUGACAGGAAACAAUGUACACGUACUUGCUCUUGGGUGAGAGGAUACAGAUGUUACCCAGGCGUUUGCAAUGACAACUAUUAUCGUUUUUAUGACACGAAUGGAAAGAAAAACUGCAUAUGUGCCAAAGGCUUUGGCGGCAUUGAUUGUGCUACAUCAACACAUGAGUACCCGAUGGAUUUGCUGGAAUAUGAUUUGGAAUUACGGGAAUGUGAAAAUGAGAUAUGCCAUACCAUAAUUGUAAAUGCUUCCAAAAAUUGGUCAAAUGAAAAGGAACGAAUGUUCAUAGAUAUUAAAGCUUUAGCUGAAGAUUCUUUAAAACUUCCUAAUGCCGCGGAGUAUAUUAUCAAGGAGGGCACCAAACUCGGAUUGCAGAGUAUGCAUGUCGUGGUCUCAGCUUUUCGAGGACAAAAAAGUACAUCAUGGGUUACCGAGAAAGACUGCAAAUUAAAUGGAUCUUGCCGUAUAAGUUCAUCUAAACCUAUAUCCGAUACUGGUCUUUCGUUUAUCAACAAUGGUUUUCUGCACGGAGACAGAAUAGUUUUAAACGUCCUUAUACGUAAUGGUGGUAUAAUAUACUACCAAAGGAUUGACAGUCGGACCCAAAAACCUGUGAACGAAUCCUACUACGUCAAUGGAAUUGAAAAGAACUAUAAAAAGGAGCUUGAAUUUGAUAUGGCUGAUCCAAGUCAUUGCAAAGAGAUUGACCAUUCUUGUAUCAACUCGCCUUUAUGGACAUCGGCAGACUUUGUAACAGAGAACAAAGUAACGGUUUUUUGGGAAGGCUGGACAGAUAAAGACUCUGGAAUAUACAAAUAUCAAAUAGAAUUAUAUCUGUUAGUGAAAGGUGAAAGUAACAGCCUUAGAAAGGAUCAUGGGCUGACUGGAGAAGCGAUUACAAGGGGGCCAUCAGUACGCUCUGCAGAAAUAACCGUUGAACAACCAGGUCCAUAUGCUGUAGAGUUAACAACUUUUGACCAUGCUGGAAAUCACAAAACGGCACGGAGACUGUUUUUAUUUGAUGAUAAUUCUGAAGUCUCGUUAAACCAAAGUAGUUCGACUAAAAUACUCAGUGUAAACGAUGUUGGCUGGAUUGAUAAAGAUACGGAAAGUAUAAUCGUUGACUGGGCAUACCGAUUUAGCAAUAAUCGCCAUCACAAACUUUGCUGGCUUUGUCGAUUUGAUCGCAUUUCCACUGAUGUUCCCAUUGAAUUAGACGACACAGUUGGGUUGUCAGAAAGGACAUUGGAAAGCAUUCAAAAUAUACAAGGAAUUGUGCGGUUUGAACUAGCCUACCUUGAGACAUACGAAGGAAAAACCAUUAGUGUACCGGCAAAGGCAGUUACAACAUCCGAAUUCAACCAUCAGCAAGUUGAAAUUGAUGAUUUAGCACUUCUUGAUGGUAAAAGAGUAGAAUUUACUCUUCGCGGCUACGACAUAAUGGACGCAUAUGCAGAAGAUAACACUACCGUCUGGAUCGACACCUCACCUCCGGUUAUUGAAAACCUUUGGCUUACAAGAGGUGAUAUUGUGAAUAUCAGUGUACAUAACGUAACGGAACUAGCUGUUAUGACGAUCGAGUGGAAAGCUUUUGACGUACACAGCGGUUUAUACGAAAUAUCUUGGCGAUUGUUUGAUAACUUUAGUAGAACGGACGUUGUCCAUGGUCAUUCAUACGAAUCUCCUCAACAUGGGUCAAAAACACUAACGGAAUGCGAACAAGAGUAUGCCAACUAUGCUAGAGGUUCGAACUGUUACUGUUCCCCGUACAACGGCUGCUUCCACCAACACUUCCAAGUGACUCCACCUGUAAUCAAUUUAAACACAGUCGGAGGUUUCACACAACUUAUUGGCGGAAUUGAUGGCGAUAGAUCGGAGGGCGUGCAUGAAAGGGAAUACUACAUUGAAGUUACUGCAGUUAAUAAUGCCGGUUUGACUACCGUCCGGGAUCACAAGAUUACUAUUGACCUCUCGCCUCCCAACCCGGGUCAUGUACAUGAUGGUGUUGUAGGCCAACCCGAGGUAGACUUUCAACAGUCGCUUACACUAAAUGCACACUGGGAUGACUUUCUGGACAAAGAGAGUGGUAUAAAGUUUUAUAUGAUCUGUUUUAAGAUGAGAUGCUUGACAGCUGACGAAAUGCAUUUCGAUAGGAACCACCCAGAGAUUGUCCAGACAUAUUCAACGACUGCAAGCACUACAGUUCAAUUUCCUGGGCGAUAUUAUACGACCGUUGUUGCCUAUAACCAUGCCUUAGAUCCGAGUGUUCCUGUGUGUUCUGAUGGAGUGGUUAUCGACAGCACUCUAACAUUGAUAUCAGAAGUUGUCAUUCACGGUGGCAUUGUUACUCCAAGAAUUGUCAGAGAUAUUGAUACAGAUGAAAUAUUUGUUCUUAACAGAAACAGGGAGAUUCAGGCGAUUCGCAAUCCGACUAAUAUUUGUUGGGAAAAGUCUUUCGAUGUUUCAUCUAUGGACAUCCAAAUGAUCCCAAAGCUUAGGAACGUAAAUGGAUCGUACAGCUCGGUUGAUUCCACGGUUUGUGAAAGUAUCAGCAGUGUACCAAGAAAUAUUGUAACGUAUGUUCGCUACGAUUCUCAUCUGGACAUUUCUUGGAACUACACUGAAGGUCCAAGUGGCGUUAACAGUUUUGAUGUUGGACUGUCAUCUGACAAUACCGAUAUUCCAGAUAUUAUGAGUUUUCAGAGUUCAAUGCACCACAGUUUUAUGCGUUUGGUUCAUCCCGGUAUUUGGGAUGGACAAGAGUUCUUUAUCCUGCUGAAAGUUACGACAAAAUCAGGUGUUUUUGAUACAAAUGUAAUCGGACCUGUGAUGGUUGUGAAAUCUAAACCAGAGUUUACAGGCUCCAUACACAUAAACACUGAAGGGAAUUUUUUGGUUGCAAGUUGGGGAUCUGAUGACUUCGUUGAUCAUGGAGAAUCUGGAGAUUUGAAGUUCGAGAUUGCAGUGGGAUCAUCAAGGUUUACAUCAAAUGUCUUACCCUUUUCUGCACAAAGAAGUGGCGGGAGUUGUGAAAUCAAUGAUACAAUUAGUUGUACUGCAGUUGAUAUGCGUAAUCUGAAAUGGGCCUUACACGAAAAUGCAGACUAUUAUGUGGCAGUGAAAGCUACUGACCCACUUGGAUUUUUUGUCGUUGCAUCUUCAGAAAAAUAUACUCAUUACUACGAACUGCCAUCGUCUGGAGUAGUUUAUGACAUUAAUCUUGACGACAAACGUCCAUUUGUUGACAUUGAUGACAUUGACUUUCAAAGCAAAACGAAUGAACUUGCUGUAAGAUGGAAUGGCUUUUAUCAUCCUCACUCUAAUAUCCAAUUCAGAAUAUGUGUACAAGACAAAAAUGGCAUAAACAUUGUUUGUGAAACAGCUACUUCUGAUGAUCAUCACACAUUUUAUGGACUCGGUCUGCGGAGUUAUGAGAGAUAUUACCAAGAGGUUACCGCGAUGAGCGCUUCGGGUAAUGUUACCGCGUUAUCCGAUGGAGUAGUUGUGGUUAUUCCUGAAGAUGAGCAUCCCUUUGAGGUAUUUGAUGGCAAUCGAUGCAACUGCACAGUUACGGAAGAUUUCUACACAGUGUCUCACUACACACAGUUCGACAUAUUUAAUUGUACAGAAGAUAUCGACUACCAGUAUCAGACUUCUUCGCUUAAUGCUUACUGGAGGUUACCCGAAGACAAGAGGGACUUUAUGCAGACCAUACUUUGGAGAAUAGAAAAGAGGGCUCUUGUAGUGGAUAUGUGGACGGCUUUGUCAGAAUAUCAGACUUUACGGAACAGAGACGUUUUACACAUUACUGGGCUAUAUCUUAUUCCUGGACGGAAGUAUCGUAUAUCUGUGAAGGCCUGUGCUCAGCAAUUCUGCUUCAAAUCAAUGUCUAGUGAUGGUGUCUACAUUAUUCCAAAUCCGCCUAUUACUGGUUCUUUUUCUGUAAAUUACGAUAUGGGAGUAAACACGAUAGCAGCUACCAUGGAUAGAUUUAAGGACAGUGACCUAGAGGAUGUGGGUGAAGCUCUGUCUGUCAUGAUGCGGUAUGAAUACGCCUUUGCCGAUGAAGACAAUGACUCUAAAUUGCUCUACAAAUGGGACAUUAUAAACAUAACAUCGGAAACUGAGACAAAGAUAUCGUUUGACAUUAUUCCGGAUCAAAAACUAAGAUUUGCAAAAUGCUGGAAACUAGCAAUAAAAGGAAUUACAAAGGCGGGAUCAUAUACUAUUAUAUCAUCCGAAAUACGGAACUGUUCCAAUUUGCAAGAGGUAAAGCCAAGCAGUGUCAUUGAUGCAGUUGGUAAAACCAUUGGAACACAAGAUGGACAGGACAUUGGUGGCGAAAUUUUCUUAGAACAAAAUCAUGAUUGGAGUGAAAAGGACAAAGACUACACUUCUUUUACAAAUAUUAUCUCAGCCGUCUGGCCGAAAUUACGAUAUAAACAUUACAACUGGGCGGUCUUAUUAAUUAAUAACGAGGAUCCUACAAUUUUCUACGACACCAAUGACCAUAUUGACCUCCGUUAUCCAUGCACGCAUCCGGAAACGAUAGCUUGCGGUGAAACAGAUAAAGAAUAUAUGAAUGCAAAAUUUGAUGUUGGAGUCAUAAAACAUGGCAAAAGAUACAUAGUGUGCAUACACGCCAAUGAGACUUACCUAUAUCAUGAGAAGUGGACACAGCAUCUUGAUGAGUUCAUGGAAUGCAGCGACGGUGUAACCGUGGAUAUAACUCCGCCCAUUGCUGGAAUGGUCUGGAUUGGCCAGGACAAGAAUUACUUUUAUCAGACGUCAACAUCAGAUAUACUUGUGAUGUGGAACUCUUUCUCUGACAUAGAAGAACACCGAUUCAAUGUACACGAAAGUGGAAUUGCAUACUACGCAAUAUGCUUAGGUUCAUCACCAGGAGGAAACGAUGUUAUUAAUCUUGUCAAUGUUGGAUUGGUGAACCAUAAAGUGUUCCAUAACCUUUUACUCCAAAAUGGAUUGUCCUAUUAUGUAACAGUGAAGGGAUUUGACUAUGUUGGACUGUCAACAAGUGAGUCAUCUCAUUCUGUAGUUGUUGAUUCUACACCACCGAAAGUAACUGGGAAGUCUAUCCAGAUACCCAGCAGACAUCUUUUGAAUACAACGUCAAUAUCUGCUUGCUGGAAAAACGUGUUUGAGGACACAGAGAGUGGAAUCAACAGAUACGAAUGGUCUGUUGGUACCAGACAUGGGUAUGAAGAUGUACUCGCUUAUACAACACAUCACGAAGAUUGUGCCGAAUCUGAGGUGUCACCAUCACGGGAGCUUAAAGAUGGUCACUCGUACUUCAUAACAGUAAAGGCAUAUAACAAUGCUGGGCUGUUUUCUACGGAUACAUCAUGGGCGUUUGUUGUUGAUACCACGCCGCCCGACUCUGGUUUAGUUUACGACGGUCCAAAUGACGGCACAUAUACAGAUAUUGAUUACAUGGCAUCAACAAAUAUAGUUCAGGCUUACUGGACACAUUUUAUUGAUGCACACACUCCAGUUCGUGAAUACUUUGUAAGCGUUGGAACCUGUAAGGAAUGUGACGAUGUGCUGACGGAACAAUCCGUCGGAAUUAAAAAUGAAAUAGAGGUUGUUGGUCUGGCGCUUAUGGAAGGCCGUGUUUACUUCACAGCCGUUAAGGCAUGCAACACGGCUAUGCUUUGUUCUAGAGCGUCUUCUGACGGUUUUCUAAUUGACAAAUCGCCACCAACUAGAGGAACAGUUAUUGAUGGCCUCAGUGGAAGUGAUAUUGAUUACCAGGCUUCAAGAAGUCAUGUUGGCUGUAAAUGGUUUGGCUUUUCGGAUCCUCAGUCUGGAUUGAGUCACUACGUUUGGAGACUAGGGACAUUGAAAGGUGGAGACGAUAUAGUAUCGGCGACAAAUGUUCACAACCAUGAAAUCGCGUACAUUGUUGAUGUUCAAUCACUCGCAGGAACUCUUCUCCCUGUGGGAAAACUGGUUUAUUGCACCGUCCGAGCAUAUAAUAAAGCGGGAUACUUCACUGAAAUGUCUUCCAACGGAUUUGUUGUUGACACAAGCCCACCGACAAUUUCCAAAGAGUUAUCAUUGUCUCCGUUUGGAAGAAGUAUUAGCCAUGACAAAACAACGAUAUUGAGAUCGUCUUUAAGAGUUCAUUGGGAUACUUCCGAUUCAGAUUCUGGAAUUUCCGCCCAGUAUUUAUCGUUAUCAUCUCACAUUGGAGGAGACUUCAAUGUGUCAACUGUAAAGGUUGAUGCUGUUGCAACUGAGUAUACUUUGUUGAACUUGGAUCUCCAUGAUGGAAGCUAUUACGACAUAAAGCUGGCUGUGUGCAACGGUGCCAAACUGUGCACACAAUCUUUGUAUACGAAUCUGUUGGUCGACAGCACUCCUCCAACUAUGGGUACUUUUGCUAUAACCACAGACCAUGCAUCUGAGUUAGGAAGACAGCCUGAAAACUGGAUGACAUGGAAUCCAAUUAUGUUGAAUAUCUCUUGGUUGGGGUUCGAGGAUAUUCAUAGCGGGAUUGACACGUAUAUAAUAAACAUUGGAACAAGAUAUAUGGCGAACGAUCUAAACAAGAAUGGCGAUAGUUUAAUAAAGGUAAAACAUGUCAAUAUUGGAUUUGAGCAUCGGGAAGGAUUCGUACAAACCUACUCAGUACGAACAAAAUCCCUGUCUAACAGAAAGAGCGUUUACGUCAGCGUGUUUGCGAUAAACGCGCUCCAUAGUCCAAUAUUACACGCUCAGUUCAAUCUUUUAUUUGGAGGCUUAUUAUCCAUGGUAAGGCGCUGUGAUGCCGAAACGUGUCUCGGACAUUGUGUGUGCGCUCCUGUACCGGCCAGAUGUCAUUACACCAGCACAAAUUGUAUAGCUAGCAGUAGUGAAAAUGUAAACGGAGUAUUGAUAAAAGACCAUCUCGACAUAGAUUUUACUGAGAAUCAAGACGCAGUUCAGUAUUCACCAUUUAAUACCUUCUUAGCGGCCGAUUGGACUGUAGUAGACACUGGAAAAUCAAACCCACUAUGGUACGAAUGGAGUAUUGGCGAAUCAAACGAAGACGAACCUAUGGGAGUAUUUGAUCAAAAAACCGACAGAGUUUGGCACGACGCAGGCUCGCAUAUGUCAUGGAUGUAUACGCUACCACGGGGUCAAGUUCUUCAAAGAACGUUUACAUAUUCGUUCUUCGUACGAGCUUGGUAUAACGAUAGCACAUUUUCCAUUUUUAAAAGCAGCGGUGUAACAAUUUUAUCAAAACCUCCACAAACUACCAUUGUUCGAGGUGUGAGUGUAAAAGAGGUUUCGUCCGACAGUCUCAAAGAUGUAGAUUACAUUUCUGAUUCGAGCCAUGUAGUGGUAGACUGGACUGGAAAAUUCAUUAGCGACUUCUUCAAGAAGUUUCACCUUUAUCUGAGUACACAGCCUAACGGAAAAGAUGUGCAUGUUUUGUCCACAUAUGUCAAUGCGUCAGUGACUAAAUGCGAUAUAACUGGAGCUAAUCUCAAGGAAAACAAGAGAUACUUCUCCGUUGUUCAAGCGGUAAAUUAUGCUGGACUUUACACUACUUUGAGUUCUGAUGGUUUUAUGCUGGAUGUUGCAAAACCUGAAACAGGCACAGUGAACGACGGCAUAGCUUUACAUGAUGUUCAGUUUCUUAAUUCAUCGAAUCAGCUUCCUUCGUUUUGGUAUGGAUUUAGUGACUGUGUUUCUGGAGUUGACCAUUAUGAACACUGCGUUUCGUCCCUGAAAUACAAGGGUCGAUGUGAUAUACAGCCGCUUAUCAAUGUAGGGUUAGGGACUUUUAUGGAAAGAAAAUCAGAAAAAGAAUUUGUUCAAGGAGAAAUUUUGUUCAAUGAGGUUCGUGCUUACGAUAUGGCCGGACAUGUAUCGGACUUGGUAGCGUCUGAUGGUGUUCUUAUAGAUAGAACGCCACCUCUACGUGUAACUUACGUUUUAUCCAACGAAAAUCUUGUGCGUAAUGGAUCGUUUGAAAAUACUGACGACAGCUCUUUGCAAUGUGAUGAAUUGUCUGAUACAUUUUGGUACGGAGCGAAAAACUAUUGUCUUAAAGUUAUCAAGGCGCAACACGUGUCAAAUGGGAACUCUUUCUUGCUCUUGCAAGGAAGUGUCUCACAAGAAAUACUGGUUGGUGCGGCUGGAAAAUAUAAGCUGCAGUUUUUCACCGCAAAUAUUCCAAGAGAAUCAUCACAGUUGUCGGUUCAAGAUGGCUAUUUCGUUGUAAACGAAACCAAACAUGUAUUUCAGAUGCAUACAAAACCAUCGUCUGAAGAAGCCACAGUGUGGCAAGAACAACAUUAUAUUUUAAACCUACAGACGGGCAAAACUACAAUAACUUUUGGAACUGAAAAUAGCGCCCAUUUCGGUAUAGACGAUAUAAGUCUGCGUGUUUAUUCCGGGAAAGCCUACCAGGAAAACAGCACCGAUGUCAAACACCUGCAAGCUUUAACAAUUCAUGCUCACGACUGGUCAUCUAUUUAUUCAGAGUGGCACUUCGAAGAUCCGGAAAGUGGACUUGUAGAAUACCUCUGGGCGAUUGGCACUGUUCGGGGCGGAACACAACUUCAAGAAUAUACCAGCGUCGGAAGAAACGAGUUUGCGUCUAGCAAUACAAUUCAAUUACAACACAACACAGUGGUGUUUGUCAGCGUAAUGGCAGUAAACGGAGCAGGUCUAAGGACAGUGAGCUAUUCCGAGAAAAUCUAUAUAGAUUUGACUCCACCGUUGUUUGAUUAUAUUCAUGAUGGUGACAGUUCAGAUUUUGAUAUUCAAUUUCAAACGUCACUCAAUGUCAGCGUGGCUUGGUCAGUAAAGGAUUUAGAAUCGAAAAUACAGGAAUGUGUUUGGGCAAUAGGUUUGUACCCAACGGAUUCAUCAAUAAAAGAUUACACACAGAUAGGCACGAGAGGACCUGCUAGUACCGUGCUAUAUUCAAAACCAUAUGAUCGAAUAUUUUCGACCGUACGAUGUAAAAAUGCAGCAGGACGUAUCGCCUCGGUUUCUACGGAUGGACUGAGAAUUUUAAACAUUUCGUUGACAACACAUGAAGCAUACAUCUCCUUAAUGGCUAUGUCGCAGACACAGUACCAACCUAUUGGAAGUUAUCAUGGCAACAACACCGAGGUCAAGUUUCAGUGGGCGGGGUUUAGACAAGAUGAAGGAAUAAAUAAUUUCCUGAUAUCUCUCGGUGGUGUUGACACUUCAUACUCUGAAACAGUUAUCGGUAGUACCUUAGAUGUUAACUUUGCUAGUUUUACCGGAAUGAAUCUUGCGGAUGGCUUUUAUGAAAUAUCUGUACAGGGAGUGAAUGAGAUACACAUGUAUAGUGAAAAGAAAACCAUUGGUUUUUAUGUACUGACAUCCAAGCCAACUAACACAGGGAAGUCAGUCAAAACAUCCUGGGAUGCAAAUACUCUAAUAGCAAAAGCAGAAUGGUCAAACGUUUUCGACUCCACCCAUCCCCUGUAUUAUGAGGUGACCGUGCGCCAAGAACAUGUCGAAGGGGACAUUUUACAGUGGCAGGAGACAGUUAAUACUGCGCUUGAAGUAAAGCUUCAAGACGAAGAUGUUGCAAACUCCGGCAGCACGCUUAAAUUCAGUAUAAGAGCGAUAAACCAUGCAGGAUAUUUCAACACUGUUUAUGCUGACCUCUUUGUCCAUGUGUAAAUUUUUAAGUUGUCGCAAAUUUAAACUUUUUUAUAUCAUUCAAGUGUAUAACAGUUAAUUAUGUACAAUACAAUGACGUGCAUUAUGAUUUUAAUUUAUAGCGCAUAGUAGUGUGUGUAGUGUAAACGCAAAAACUUUAAAAGCCAAGGCGUGUGGUGUGUUUUGUAUUUCGCCAUAUGUACAGUCAUUAAAAUUCUGGAAGAAAGUAGGUUCAUAAACGAGUGAAAGAUAAAGUAUAUAAAGAGUACGACUAAAAAAGACCAGUACUUCAUUCAUAUAGUAAUACAUGUACCUAAAUUAUGAGCAUUGAAACUGAUAAAAGAGAGAAGAAAAAAAUAUGAAGUGAAUUUAAAUAGUUAAAGAACAAUGCCAGCAAUGGUAUACAAUGGUAUACAUUAUAUUCUUAUUUGAUACUCUCUUCUUUGAGCAUUUUUAUAGCCAUAAUAGCAAUAUUGCAUCUAUUCUACAAAUAUAAUCUCUUACGAUUAUACUGUACUCGUAUAACCCUUAACUUAGAGUGUAAUCUCACCACACCCCUCUUGUGUCCUGAAUUUCCCUACUUUUGCAUCGGAAUCCUUCAUACCGCUAAAUUUCGGACUGAAGUGCGGAAUGACAUUAUAGUAUCAAUAUUUAAAAACUGAUUUCAAUUUGCUCGAGUUCGUAUAAAACAAUUUUGGAGGUUUAUGUUAUUUAUAUAUUAACAAGUUGAAGCAUAUGCUUUAAGAUAUGAAAAUAUAUGUGUAGUCACUGCUUGAUUUUUUUUUAGAAUUAUGCCUGUAAGAACAAUUUCGGAAUAAUUUUGAAACAAUAAACGUAAUAAAUGA